AUGCAUGCUAGUUCGGGAUCUGAUCACUCGAUUACCAUUGAAGACGACACUCCCAUCUCAAACGGCGAGAAGAGGAAUAGUCAAGAACAACCUAUCACAAACAUCGGAAUGUCAAGAUAUUACGUCUUCAACAACAUCUAUCUACCCGAAAAUCUGAACAUUAGAGACAAUAAACCUUCCCACAAAUAUCAUGAGGGGCAAGCACAGAACAAAAUUAGCUUCGAAAGAAUAUAUACGCAUCCCCAUGAGAAUUUCUCUCGUUAUCUAUACCACCCUUCCCCAGAUACCAAGAACCACCAAGCAGAACGUUUGAACGAUAAAUACGACCAAUUUACGGAGUUUCAUUUUCCAAAGGAUCCUCACGCACCUUUCAUAUAUGAUACUAGGGGUUAUCGCGGAUACAAGACUCAAAUGUUUUCUGAGUUUGCAGCAGUACCAAGAACAAGUCAUAAGAAUGGGAAAGCUGUGUCUACAUCUUUUACACCAAUUCCCAAGCUUCUACCUGGUUUGAAGCACGGGCGAAAUAAAAACAUAGAUAAAGGCACCGCAGUACAUAGUGGUCCAGUCACCGAGGUCAAACGUCCCUCUGUUCUUGAGUCCAACAAUUGGAAUGCAACUCAAAAGAAUACUGCUACCACUCAGAGCAAUAAAGGGAUCGAUGUUAGACAUGCCCGCGUCUUGCAAUGUGAUCGUGCUACCACUAAGGUGAUGAUGACUAUGACCCACAGUGGUGGUCUUACCAAGCAAGAUGAAAAUAAAGCUCGACGUACCAAACCACCUGAUUUGGCAUGUACCACAUCUCUUACUCGUGAUUUGCCUAAUACAUGUAGGUAUGUCAAUGUUAAGCAAGAGGAAGACAGCAUGACACCUGUUCGUCAUUCCGUUUAUAAUGAAUCCAAAGUCAAACACUCAACUUCUCAAAUACGUCCGUUUACCGAUAGCGAGUCGAUUAAUUACAGGACCAAGUCUUUUAUUGACCUUACGGGCCCCCUUGAAUCUGAUUCUUCGUCAAAUCAUCGAAGUCAGCAGCAAUACACAAGCGAUCCUGAAUCAUUGAAACCAGUAUCCACUGGCAAGUGCCAAAAGAGAGAGCCUAUUAUAGACCUAACAUUGGAUUCUCCUAUUAGGAAAAAACCAUUCAAGAGGCUUCAGAUCACUAAUAGUCACCAAGUUAGCUCAGCUCAAAGCCAUUAUAGCAAUACUGCAACUUACGGAUCUCAUAAUCAAAAUACCCUUUCUUCGGAAUUGAAACUUUGGAUGAGUGUCAAUCCGGUCAAGCACAUUGUUGUUUGUUCCAAAGAUUCACCAGAUACUUCAGAUAGAAUAUACGACAUGAGCAAUACAGCUGCGUCGGUAUCAGACGAUAUCAUGGCUUUGCUCAACAUCAAGGUCAAUGAUACCAACAUCCACUCCGUACAUCUCAAAGAUCAUGAAAUCAAUUCACCAAUUCCAUCCCUAGGCAACACUAGCAAAAUGCACGGUUACUCUUCUAAAAGUGCAUUGGCGUUUGUCUCUACCAUUAGAUCUGCGGCAAUUGGUGAUACUAUACUCCUGGUGUCAUUGGGUAACCAUGGUAUCUCCAACUCACCUCGCGCAUGGGUAGAUUUGAGAGAAAAUUACCCAGCAUACAAGUUCUUGAUUGCUAUAGAAGAACGUCGAAAUCUCAAUAUACAUCGAGAUCCCUUGUGGUAUAUUACAAAAAAACGAAGGUAUCUGAUUUUUCCCUUACAUCAGCUUGUGCGCGUGUGUCUGGGGUUGGAAAGUCCAUGUGACGAAGCAAAGUUAUAUUCGAAAUACUUGACACUGUCGAAUGAUGCACGAAAAGCCCCAGCCAAAUCAGAGACAAGAAUUGAAAAUGGGGGUGAUUUCGGCCAACACACUCGGGCUUUGUUAUCACGCUGGGCAUGUCCCAUUGAAGGCUGCGAGAUGACUUGGUACAGAAGCCUAGCUGGAGACCAAGCAUGGCAAAACCAUUGUAUGAUGGAACACGACGGGUUCCGCAAACUUGUCUGCCCUCUGGCUGCCUGCAGAUCCAGUGCAUUCCGUGAUUACAAGGGGGUUGUUGAGCAUAUAGAAAAUGUACACAUCGCAGCAUUGGGUUUGGGAGACCAUUUUCGUAGCUCGCACGAUCGUGACAGAACUCUAUCCGACUUUCGAUGUACUGAGGAUAUUAGUAGAUGUGGUAAUUCACGUUGCAGCUAUACAAACCAGCUUGCUCUGGAUAUUCAUAUGGAAUUUUUUCAUCCAUAUUCAGCUUGGAAACAUCGUUUAAAUGAUUUCCCGAGCCUAGCAGAACAGUUACAAAGCAGGUGGUCAACAGAAGAUCUUGAACCAAAUGAUGGGCUCACUCUGAGUGAAGUUUUUCAAUGUAUGGAUGCGACGGUAGGUAGUCAAGGUACGGUUAUAGUGGGACAAAACGGAACGGAUCAAGACACACACCAUGACAUGGAAUUCCUCAAGAAAUCUUGGCCUUUCAUGGCAGAUUUUCUACGAGCAACACAGGAGCCUCUCCGAGAAGGAUAUCAAAUGAUUUUGCGCAAGAUUUAA